UGACCUUAAAUGUAUUCUCUAGUCUCCACCUCCCCAGUGCUGGAUUUACAUGUAUGUACUGGUUUAUGGGUGCUGGAGAAUGAACCCAAGGCCAGGGAAGCCCUGUAAAAUGAAUAUAAUCAACUUUAUGAAAAAUGUAUAACUUUUCCCCAUUAUUGCACUAUAUAUAGGUAGUAAAAAUUUCAACACAGAUAACGAACUUUCAAGUACCCUGACACCUACCAUAUCGAGCAAGAUACAUUCUCGUUAGGCCAAUGUUCUCUAUUUCUGCUCACUUCCCAGCCUUAAUGCUAACCUUUAAAUAAACAAAAGGAAAAAACCAAAACAAAACCCCACGUGUUAAAUAACAGCCUUCUGAAAUGUAAAAUUAUGCGCUCGGAUUUCGUGGAGGUGUGCCACUGACCUUUGUUUUAUGAGGCAAUAUACUUGGUUCAGUGCCAGGUCAACUAACUGCAAAGAGUUUAGGAAGUUUGUCUGUGAAACUGCAGGUCAAAGUCGGCAUGUGACAGUACCCAAUAAAGGUAAGUCACGAAUGUAUGAACCAUGUGAAUUACUAAAUACUUUCUGAAGGUUAAUUAGGUCAGCCAAACUGACUUUUUUUUUUAAUUCAUAAACUUAUUUUCUUUAAGGGUGUGAUUUGGUGAGUUUGAUAGCAUCAAGGACAAAGAGGGACACUGACAGAGACUGUGGGCUGGAGGAACCGGCUGAGUUUCCUGUGUUAGCACACCUAUGCCCAGCAUGCUCUUUCCUGAGAGGAGCUGGUGGGAAAUAUUUAAUGCUCAUCUGCUGAGAUUCCUGGCCCCGGUCCAAGACCGGCUUUCCAGAGCAAUGCCUCUCUCCUUCAUACAGACCAAUUUUGAAGGUUACCCUUCCUUCUCCACAGUGUGGGAAGGGACCUUUCUAUUUCUCGAAGACUCCGAGUUGGGAGAAAAAGGCGGGAAACAAACGGAAGAGUGGCUCCAGGCGAUCGGCUCUGCGAGGCUGUCACGUGGCUCGCGCGCUGCCUGCUGGGAGCCGCGGCCUCGGCGCCUGCGCAAGGAGCGCGAAGCUCUCACAUGUUGCGACUCUGAGGAGGCGGGUCGUGGCGGAAUUUUCGACUGCGAGUGGGGCAAGAGGAGGAUGAUGGCAAACCACCUUGUAAAACCCGACUCUAGAAACUGCAAGAGGACAAGAGAAUUGGAGCCUCAGUUGUCUGAGAGUCCACAGGUAUCCUCUCUUGGGAAAUCAGAUUCAUCUCUCUCUGAGUGUUCUGGACUCUUUUAUAAAGAGGAAGCUCUGGAGAAGGAUUUGAGCGAUAUGAGCAAGGAAAUUAAUCUGAUGUUGUCUACAUAUGCAAAGGUUUUAAGUGAAAGAGCAGCAGUAGAUGCAUCUUACAUCGAUGAGAUAGAUGGACUCUUCAAAGAAGCCAAUAUUAUUGAAAACUUUCUAGUACAAAAAAGAGAGUUCCUGAAGCAGAGGUUUACGGUGAUCACCAACACCCUGCACAAGUAAUGUGCCUGCACCAGCUGGAAGUUGUUUCUGUUGCUGCUGGGCUCUUCUUGCUAGAGAAAAUAUGUAUUAAACUGUAAUGUUUUCUAAAUUUCAAAGGGGUUUUAAGAUAGAUAUUAACAUGAAGUGUGUAAUAUUUAUUUUGAGGGUCAAAUAUCUGGCACAUUGUAUAAAAAUGUAAAUUAAAAAUUAUAUACAUGUUCUUUUCUUUAUCCUUUACUCCUAAAUUGCUUAGCCCUUCUUAAACUAUGGAAGAGGACUCUGUUAAUUUGAUUAUGCCCAACAAUAUUUGUUUAAAUAGCAGAUGAUUUCUGAGAUAGUUUUAAAAUGUUUUCUUGGUUGGUAUUAUAGAAGAACAUCAAAACAAUAAAGAUAUUUUGUCCAAUUUCUUAACAUUUAAUAAAAUAUAACAAUGUGCUACUGCUGUUUAAUAUUACCAUUUGAUUAUUUUUACUUUUAACCAUUAUAUUUGACUAAUAAAAAUUUGGCUUGAAAUAUCUUCUUAUGGUAAAAAUAAAAGCUGGAAGUUACUAUAACCUGUCUAUUUCUUUAUUUUUUAAGUGUCAUGCUAUAUGGAACCCAGGUGAAUUCAUGGUGUACCUGCCUCAACCUCCUUAAUCAAAAUUAAGGUUAUGUAUCACCAAGUCCGGCUGUCAAGUGGCCUUUUACCUAUUAACCACAUUGAUUUGUAAAGUUUAUGAAUUAUAUUUAGAAGUUUUAGCUGUAGGGUGGAUGAUAUGGAAAUUAGAAAUGUGGGACUCAGGAGAUUAUGGCUUAAACAUGGCUUUGGCAGGCCACUUCAAUCCUAUGAUAAUGGGAAGUUGAAUUUGGUCUAGAGAAGUGGUCCUCAACCUUCCAAAUGCUGCAACCCUUCAGUUUAUUUCCACAUGUUGUGACUCCCAAUAUAAAAUUAUUUUUAUUGCUGAUUCAUAACUAUAAUUUUGCUAUUAUUAUGAAUCAUGAUGUAAAAUCACUGUUUUCUGAUGGUCUUAGAAGACUCCUGUGAAAGGGUCAUCCAACCCCAAAGGGAUCAUGACCCACAGGUUUGAGAAAUGCUGGUCUAGAGGAUCUCUUAUCAGACUAAGAAAAUUCCUCCUUUGUUACAAAAAUCUGAUUUUAUUCAAAAUGAUCUAUGCAACAUAUAACUACAUUAGUUGGAUCCAAAAAUAUCUAUUUCCACUUUUUAUCACAUAGACAAUUUGGUCUUUUCUAUGUAUAUUUUCUAAUAUAAGUAUAGGACACCACAAGGAAUUUGUAGUUUUAAAUUAGGCAGUAUCUUUUUACCUGGAUGCUUGUAAACUUUAAAUUUUUCUUUCCAUCAAGUUACUUGUUUGUUUGAGGCAGGAUCUCUGUAACUCUGGAUGGCCUAGAACUCACUAUAUAAGCCAGGCUGGCCUUGAGCUCUCCGAGUUCCAGCUGCUCUGUAUAUAUUGUUGGAAUUAAAAGAGAAAAGGAACAACAACAAGAAUGGGGUGCUGAAUCUUGCUUUUUGUUAUUUUUGCUUUCUAGCAGUAUUUGUUAUUUGGGUUCUCAAAGAUACUUGUUAAAGGAAUAAAAUUAUGUA